AUGUCAGUUACCAAGGAUUCGAUCAAGCCACUUGUAGACCGUAUAGUUUCUCAGCCACUGCACUUCUCUAAGGCGAAGAACCAAGAUCAGGUGAUGAUUGAUCCAAGGUCGUAUAUUGUGAUCGGUGAAAGAAGAAAUGGUACGGUUGAGAGCAAGAAGAGCCGCAAUGAGAGUGGAGUCAGCGACAGUUCGGGGGCAGGAGAGCCAGGCUUAAGCGGUGUAGCAGCCGAGCGUAAGCCACGGUCGUUUCAGGAAGCGCUACAGCUGUACACGGUGGGCUCGUCUUCAACAAAGCCCAAGAAGCGGCAAAUGAAAAACCAGGACAUAAGCGACGACGAGUACACAGCGAGCUCGUCGGACGAAGAGGAGGACAUUACAACAGCUUCGGCGAAGGCAGGCCAGAGCCUCUCCUCCUCUUCUGACGAAUUUUAUGAGGCGCACGAACACGCGGCAGGCACUAGCACAGCAGCAGGUGUCGACUGGCAGCCGGCGCUUGCGGGUAGCCCGGACGAAGAAGAUAUAGGGGAGGACAUUGGAGAAGAGGUCGGUGGGGACUCUGUCCAUUCGAGCAGGGAGUCCAGUGUAGGAGUGGUCGAGGCAGACCAAGGCUCUUCCUCGGAUGAGGAGUACAACCCAGAGGGGGAUAAUGGUAGCAUUGAGGAAUCAGAUGUGUGCAUGGCCGCAGGAGAGCGGCGCAAGAUGCCGGAGAUGGAGAGCGAAAGUGAUGACGAGUACGAGCUUGCCUCGUCUGGCAGUAUACAAUCAGAGCGCCAGCAGCUCCAGCAGGAGGUGGAUGAGCACGCGGCCGAGGAGGCCAAGUCGGUUCUGCCUGCAGAUGCCGACAAAUUGCAUGGAGAACAUGAUGCACAGGUGUCGUUGCAAAAGCUCACGGUUCCUGAGCUAGAGCUGGCCACGUCUCCCACUCCUCCCACAACGCUCUCUGACACUGGUGAAUUUUAUCAGUUUAGUGAAAACGAUCACGAUCGCGGAACUAAUGCUCCACAUCGUAUAAAGAAAAACUGGGGCCCAGCCCUUGCUACUAGCAGGCCGAAGGGCCUGCUGAACCACGGCGUCACAUGCUAUCAAAAUGCUGCGGUCCAGGCUAUGCUACACAUUCCUGCACUGCAACAUUACCUUUUUGAUAUUGCACAAGGAAAGUACAAAGACGUGAUCUCGCCAUCUUCUGUCUCCCAAGUUCUGGCGGAAACAUCGAAGAGGAUGUGGUCUUUAGAAAACGGCAAGUCCAAAGCUUCCUAUAUUAAUCCUAAAAAGCUGAUUGGAAGACUAGAAGACAUAAACUGUAUGAUGAGCGUCUGGAACCAAGAAGAUUCUCACGAAUAUUUCAUGUCAUUGAUUUCUAGGCUUCAGGAGGAUUCUGUUCCACGUGGACAUAAGAUGACUGAAUCGCUUAUUUAUGAUAUUUUUGGAGGGUUAUUACAACAACGCGUGAAGUGUAAAUCAUGUGGCAGCGUCUCUAUUACUGAGCAGCCAAUAUAUGAUCUUUCUCUACAUUUGAAAGGGAAGAAGCUGGCCAAAGGUGAUGACUCCACUGUAGAUGACAGUAUAACUGGUGACGUUAAAAACUCUGCCGCUCCUUCCGGAUCUACAGACGGAGCGGAGCUUCCAAAGCGUCGCUAUUCCAUUGAAAAGUCCAUAAGAGACUUUUUUAAUCCAGAGUUGAUAAAGAAAGUAGAUAACAAAGAAGGAUAUGUUUGUGAAAAGUGUAAGGCGACCACAAAUGCCAUUAAAAGAAAUAUGAUACUCCGGGCACCAGAAACUUUGCUUGUACACUUGAAGAAGUUCCGCUUUAACGGAACUUCUUCCUCAAAGAUGAAGCAGGCCGUAUCGUAUCCGCUUUUUAUGGAUCUGACAGAAUACUGUGUGGAAGCAGCAAAGUGUCUGCCAGUAAAGUAUCAAUUAAUUAGUGUGGUGGUACAUGAAGGACGCUCUCUCUCAAGCGGACACUACAUCGCACAUUGCAAGCAGCCGGAUGGCACUUGGGCUACCUACGACGACGAAUAUAUCAACAAGAUAACUGAGCGGAAUGUGUUGAAGGAAGUCAAUGCUUACUACCUUGUUUACACGAGGCUGACACCGAAGUCAGUUAAGUUGACUGAAAAAAUGGAUUCCCAUGCACAUGAUUUGAAAAACAGCUCUGCUGCAGCUCGGGCGACUCACACCGCCCAAGACCUUGUUCCAUCGCGCAAAAAGAAGUUCAAGAAGAGUAAGAAGAGAAGGCUGAAUAAAUAA